GCGAAAAGUGCAGCUACGAGGCCAUCAAGGCUGCUGAGCUCUGCAUUGCCGCGAAGGACCUUUCUGCCGAGUACCUUCGUGAUGCCAGUCGCUGGGAGGAGGCACGCUUCUGGAUCGAUAAGUGCUGCAUUCGUCAGAACGAUGAGGAGUUUAUGUCCUUGUCCAUCCAGCUCAUUGAAGAAUUCAUGCAGCUCUGCCACGGCAUGGUCGUGAUCUUCACCUGGUCCUACCUGGAACGACUUUGGUGCGUUUACGAGUGGGCGUGCUUCUUGGUGUUUCACGAGCCCCACGACAUGGUCAUCUGCGCCGAGUCCCUUUACCGAGCGGGCACGGAGGAGCGGUUCUUGGAGUCCGUCCGUCGCUUCUCCGUGGAGCAGAGCCAGUGCACCGAUCCGGAGGACCGGAAAGUCCUGGAGCAAAAGAUCAAAGAGUACUACGGAUGCUGUGAGAACUUCGAGCGAUUUCUCCGAGUCUCCGUGAUUGCCAUCAUCGGUCGUUGUUUGGCAGCUCGCGGGGCGCGGAACAAGACUGGCCUUUGCAACUGGGUCGAUUUGGCAGACGACUUGGGCUUCCAGGACCUGGCAGAUGGCCUGCGCCUUGCGGAUCCGGCCGCCUGGCGGCAGCAAGCUUUGGACGAGGUGGAAACCAGCAACACGGAUUUGCAGAGCUGCAUCAAGGCACAAAGCGAUGCCUGGUUUGCCGACCACAUUACACCCAUCCUCGCCGCCGAGCGCCGGCGUGCUGUUCAGCGAAACGUCUUCCGAAGCAUGCUGCUCCGCAAGAACUUUGCCUUCGCCUCGGCAGUUGCGCGUGGACGUCCUGUUGUCCAAAGUCCACAUUCUGAGGUUCGAAAAACACUGAGCGCCGCGAGCUGA